AUGAUUACUCUGCCCUGUAAUGAACACAGUCCUCUACAGACCUGGGAUUGUAAGAAGGAGACCUUGUAUGGAAUAAAAGAUCAACCGUUACACCUGAACAACAGCAAUCGAGAGGAAAAGAAUAUCAUGCUGUUUAGGGGACCCAGUGUUUGGGGUCGCUGGCAGAUUUAUGGGAGUCAAGACGAUCUGUGUUCUUAUGGAUAUCAAGUGUCCAGUAAUGAGCUGUGGAUUGGUCUUAAUGAUCAGAACAUUCAGAAUCUGUUUGAGUGGUCAGAUAGAAAACACGUCAGCUUCACCAGAUGGAUUGUUGGAGAACCUUCACACAUCAACAGUCGCAUGGAGGAUUGUGUGCUUAUGAAGGGAAAGGAGGGAAAGUGGGCAGAUGAAGCGUGUGAAGCAGCUCAUGGUUACAUCUGUAAGAAGAAAGCUUCCAUUAAACCUGAAGGAUCCACACACAUGAUCAGUCCUGGCAGCCGCCAGAGCCCGCCGCCACCGUCUCCAGGCCUUACCUGCGCCCUCAGGGCCUCCCGAACUGGACGUACACCUUUUGGAGGGGGGUAA